CACUACAGCUGACCCCUCCGGUUUCUGCGUGCGGUGCCACGUUAGUAGCGUUAGACACAAAAUACCAGGUACUCUCCCGACCUGAAACAAGGAAAAGACCAAAACUAAGACCAAUUCCACAGCUAUACCGUAGUCGACAGUGUCUGCAGCUCUCGUCUCUCUGUCAAGAAGAAUACUCGUCGGUUAAUAUGUUGAAGUUUCUGCUCAUCUGCACACUGGCUGUGGCCAGCAGAGCCGAGCUCGGGGAGGAAGAUGAUGUCCUGGUACUGAAGAAAAGUAACUUCGACGAGGCUCUGAAAGCUCACCCUAACAUCCUGGUUGAAUUCUAUGCCCCAUGGUGCGGUCACUGCAAGGCCCUGGUUCCAGAGUACGCAAAGGCCGCCCGCAUAAUGAAGGACGAGGGCUCAGAGGUCCGCCUGGGUAAGGUGGACGCCACAGAGGAGACCGAACUGGCCCAAGAGUAUGGCGUCCGUGGAUACCCCACCAUCAAGUUCUUUAAGGGAGGCGAGAAGGAGUCACCCAAAGAAUACUCUGCUGGCAGGCAGGCAGAGGACAUCGUCGCCUGGCUGAAGAAGCGCACAGGCCCGUCCGUCGCUCCUCUGGCCGGAGUCACGGAGGCAGAAUCUCUGAUCGCUGACAAUGAGGUGGCAGUUAUCGGAUUCUUUAAGGAUGGUAACUCUGAUGGUGCCAAGGCCUACGAAAAAGCAGCUGAAGUCACGGACGACGUUCCCUUCGCCAUGACCGCUGACGAUGCCAUUUUCUCCAAAUUUGAGGUUUCCAAGGACGGUGUUGUCCUCUUUAAGAAGUUUGAUGAAGGGCGAAAUACCUUCGAUGGAGAGCUGACCAAAGAAAACCUCCUGGCAUUCGUCAAGGCCAACCAACUGCCUCUGGUCAUCGAGUUCACAGAGCAGACCGCCCCAAAAAUCUUCGGUGGAGAAAUCAAGUCCCACAUCCUCAUGUUUUUGCCCAAAACUGCUAAAGACUUCCAGGACAAAAUGGAGCAGUUUAAGAAAGCUGCAGAUGGAUUCAAGGGUCGGAUCCUGUUCAUUUUCAUCGACAGUGACGUGGACGACAACCAGCGCAUCCUGGAGUUCUUCGGCCUCAAGAAAGAGGAGUGCCCCGCCAUCCGCCUCAUCACCCUGGAGGAUGAGAUGACCAAGUACAAGCCUGAGAGUGACGCCAUCACAGCAGAGAGCAUCAUCAGCUUCUGCACACUGUUCACUGAUGGCAAACUGAAGGCCCACCUCAUGAGUCAGGACAUCCCUGAAGACUGGGACAAAACCCCUGUCAAGACUUUGGUGGGAAAGAACUUCGAGGAGAUAGUCUUCCAUGCCUCUAAGAACGUCUUUGUGGAAUUCUAUGCACCUUGGUGUGGACACUGCAAACAGCUGACUCCCAUCUGGGAGAAGCUGGGAGAGAAGUAUCAGGACAGCGCUGACAUCAUCGUGGCUAAGAUGGACUCUACAGCCAAUGAGAUCGAUUCAGUCAAAGUCCACAGCUUCCCCACUCUUAAGUUCUUCCCAGCAGGAGAAGAACGCAAGGUGAUUGAUUACAACGGGGAGAGAACACUAGAAGGCUUCACCAAGUUCCUGGAGAGUGGUGGUAAAGACGGUGGCGCCCCUGCAGGAGACGACGACGAUCUGGAGCCAGAGGAUUUGGAUGAUGUGGACGAAGAACAGGACAUGGACUCUGAUGGAGAGGACGAUGACGAACAUGACGAGUUGUAAGAGCUGGCAGAGGAGAGAGAGAUAGGAGACGAGUCCCGCCCAAACCCUUUCAACCAGUCACCAUCACCACCUUCACUUCUUUGUGGACUUUCCCUGUCCUGUGAACAUUAAUACUUCCCCUUUAACUGCCUCUCAGUCAGUGGCGUGGCAGGGCCUUUUUUGCCAGUCACAGCUCCAACCUUGCAUCUUCUGGCCAGACUCUUCUUGUCCCACGUGGAGGGACUCUGUGGAACAGCGCAGCACCACUGUGGGGAGACCUCAAUGCCUUCUGCUCCACAUCAGCUGUUUGCCUUGUAUAUUUUAAACCAAAUGUAAAAAUGGCAUUGAGAUCCAGUUUUCAAAAUGUUUGCUUUUUUCCCUGUUGAAUUUGCUCCCCUCCUCCUUAAAAACGAAAAAAAAAGAAAAGCCUUUCCAUUGUUCAGUGUCGGUAUGAUCUAGAUGAGUGUUGUAACCUGUAUUUGUAGGUAAGGGGGGGGGGGGCUGCCAAUGUUCUUUUCCCUCUGAUGGAAAACCAGAGUUGUGUUGAGGUUUUGUAAGGACUGAUCUCUCAGGGGACAUGGGGCCAUCCUAUAGAUGUGUUUAUUUUGCAAUGUCUUCACUAAAAUAAACCCCUCAGAGCUUGUCUAGUGUAGCACAAAGGACCCCCUCCUCCAUCUGUAGUGGAGACCAAAUGUUUUCUUUCUUUUGGUGGAGGGGGGAGUCUACUUUGUUUUCCUUUCAUUCCUAAAUAAUUUCUAGGUUCAGUCUCCUCUUCUCAGCACGGCUACUGACUCUUUUUCUAAAAGGUUAACUUUUCGGGGGAAAUCCUUUUUUUAUUUAAUUGCUUUCACUGAGGUUUUUUUAAUUUAGGACAUGUCAUUUUUAAUGAUGUACCGUCGUGGCCAGCUGUAGCCAGCGGGGCCCUGUUGGGGCAGAGUUGGCCCUCGGACACACUCUCAGAUCUGGGAUGUUUUCUGGAACCAGUUCUGAUGGGUUGCACUGCAUUCAUGCCUGAUCAGAGAUUCACUGUGGUUACUAAAGCAGACAGAGAUUGGAGCAGUUUACUGGUCAGGUUGGUCUGAGAGAAGUGUCUGUAUCUGAAGUGGGAGGGAACAAUUGCACAGCCCCACCCCUCAACCAUACUGUACCUCCGGCAUCCCUUUUGGCUCUACCCAGUGUGUGUGUGCGUGUGCGCGCGUGCUGUGUGAAUGGUGUAUAAAUUGUUUGAAUGACUAGUUCAUAUUUUCUGGUCGUCCAUGAACAAGGGAAUGAAUGUACUGUGUGUGUUUGUUGAUAGGCAGGGAGUGGGGGGGGGGCUUGAGUAGAGCAAGGUGAUGGGUUCAACAGCUACAGUGGUGGGGGAAACCUAACAAAGCAUUCCAUCAUAUCCAAAUUGAUGUGGGAAAAAUGUGAAAUGGUGGCCAAUAAACAAAAAAAUUAGGAAAAA